AUGGAAACAAGCGAUAAAAUCAGCUUCGGAGUGACUGUGAUAGGAGCAGAAGGUCCAUCUACGUUUCAUAUGGCCCCGAGACCAUCUGAUGAGAGCCCUAACCAGUUUCUUGGCUCAUCUCUGGCUCCCAUGGAAGCUCCAAUGGCUAGUGCAAGCUCGGGGGAUGCCUUGGGGAAGAAGAAGAGGGGCAGACCUCGUAAAUAUGAAGCUAAUGGAGCUCUUUUGCCCAUGCAAAUUUGUUCAUCGGCUCCUCUUGUUAAGAAGAAACGUGGAAGAGGCAAGCUUAAUGGUUUAGAUAUGAAGAUGCAUAAGCGUAUGGGAUUCCAUACUUCUGGUGAAAGGUUUGGGGUUGGUGUUGGAUCAAAUUUCACGCCACAUAUAAUCACAGUGAAUGCUGGUGAGGAUAUUAACAUGAGAGUCAUCUCGUUUUCACAACAAGGACCAAAAGCUAUUUGUAUUUUAUCAGCAAAUGGAGUUAUUUCAAACGUCACUCUUCGCCACCCCGAUUCCUGCGGUGGUACUCUUACCUACGAGGGUCGGUUUGAGAUACUGUCGCUGUCUGGUACUUUUAUGGAAACAGAGAAUCAAGGUUCAAGAGGCCGGUCUGGUGGCAUGAGUGUCUCUUUGGCGGGUCCUGAUGGUCGUGUUGUUGGUGGCGGCGUGGCUGGCCUGCUCAUUGCAGCCACUCCUAUUCAGGUUGUUGUUGGCAGUUUUGUAACGGGUGAUCAGCAAGAACUUAAGAAACCACCAAGGAAGCAACGAGUCGAACAUACUACCUCAUCAACGGUCAUGGCAUUGCCUCCUCCUCCUCCAGCUUCCGCCUUCUCAUCGUCAAACCCAGAGAGAGAGCAGCCACUUCCAUCUUCACUCGACAUUUCGAGCUGGAAUAACGGAGAGGACAACCUGAGAAGCUCAGACACUGACAUCAACGCAUCUUUACCGGCCCACUGAGUUUCCCAGAGCUGAUCAGGGGUAAAAAAAUUAGGUUUCCGGACUAACU